AUGGCUGGCUGUGGUCAAAUGAUGAUUUGGGCGGAGGCCUUGUGCCGACGCCGCCAGCGAAUCAGUGUUCAGGUACAGACAGAGCCAGGACCUUCGACCAUUGACAAAGACGCGCAAGCAAACAGAGGCAUGAGUGCAAGCGAAAAGGAUUUUAUGGAAUGCUAUAUCCGGAAGGCUCGAGAGCUUGAAGAGAUCGUGGCAGAGCAGGCAAGGAUGAUUGAGCGGUGCGAAGAUGAACUUCGCAUCUUAAGGCGAGAAGCCCGAGAGCAUGCACUGCUCCGGGAGCAUCAUCAUCGAGUUCUUCUUGAGUUGAGAGAGGCAAGAGCGCCAGAUCCGAUAGUUGUGACUGUUAGCGGUAGCAGCUACCACCGAGAAGACUGCGGCAAUAUCAGUCGCUCUAGAAGGCUGUGUGCAUACGGGCCCUGCCAGAACUGCCUUCGCUGA